UGGGCCUUUGAAUAUAGUGCAGCUGAGUGAAGCUGCAGCAAGGAGAGAUCUGGAUAGAGAUGUUAACUAAAGGAGAUCAGAGAGCCUUACAGCACCGCUAGAGAACAUCACUGGCUACUAUUUCCGACACCUCUAACAUAUCCACCUAUGGAUGUUGGCAGAUGAGGUGCAUCCCUGUUCAGCAAUACAGAGUGUUAGCAAUGGACAGCUAUUCCCUGAAACCCAAACCUGGGGAUUUCUAGGAGAGCUUUCUGCAGACUUGCUGCUUUCAUAUCCUCCUGUGAGCUCUGACUUACUCUGGAACACAAACUGCUGAAGCUGCUGUAUAUUCCUCCUCAUACCCCAGAACAAGGAAUGAACAAGCCAGUGCCGUACAUUGGACAUCCCCUGACAUUUACCUCCACUAUAAUGCAGCAAUUCACAGGCUAAAGGUCGGGGAUGCCUCUGGAGCUGGCAGCGGGGACCUGCUAGUUGGGAAGCCUUGCCUGGGUGGUGGAGUUGGGCAGGAAAACCUUUCAGCAGAAAGAAGUGUGGGGAGACAAAUCAACUUGAUAUUGGCUGUGGAAGAGGGCAGGGAGGUUUCAGGCGAGUUAGCUUCAUGGCAACAGAAGCAGAGUCACAGAGGGAGGCAGAUGGCUGAACGACAGGUGCAGCAUUUUUAUCUUGGACCAAAGUGAAUGACAGUUAAUUUAACAAAGGGUUCCUAUGAGUGUUUUGUAUCCAGGGACCUUUUCUCUUUGCUGAAAAAGAAGCGGUGUCAUUUCCAUUAGAGCAAUGCUUCCAAGAAUCCGUGCUCAGGAACUGAAAGCAGAGAGAAUGAGAGAGCUGUGUCAGCUGAUCAGCUUUCAGCCACCUUCCAACUCUCAAUUUUCUUAAAAUGAUCUGUCCAUCAAUGGCAUUCCCCUUUGGAACCUUUAUUGACGAAGAAUAGACUGAGCAGAAAUGGAAUGUAACACUCACUUCAAAAAGAAAUCUUUUUAUUUUUACAGCACAUACAGUAGCCUUGUAGUGCAAAGAAAUGUUUUUUCUUCAAAAUACUUUUCAAACUGCAAUAUAUUUUCAUACACAACAUACGUCUAUUAAAUAUUUUAUUUAUGCCCUGGGAUGUAUAAUGUAGCAAAUACCAUUUUGCAGAUAUGGAAAUACAAUAUUAUCCUGUGAUUAAUUAAAUGUAUAAGAAGACUUUAAAAAUAAAUCCAGAUAAUGUACAAGAUAUGGCCAAGAUAAUUGCAAAAUUCCAGAGAUAUUUUCGACGGAAGCCUGUACGCUUUUUCACGUUUAUAAUCCUAUAUUUAACGGCUGGAAGUGUUGUAUUUUUGCACGCAAGUUUUGAAGGGGAACAUAUUGUGUCCGACAGUGACAGAACCUUGGUUGUUGGCAUCAGCGAUGGAGGAGUUUCCCAGGGUCCUGGGGUGGCCCAAUUGAGUAGGGUAUUUAAAGAAGCUCCAGAGUCACCAAGCACACCACGGAGAUAUGGACCAUGGUUUAAACCAUCUGGCAAAGAGUUAGCAGACAGAAGUAAGCAAGGUGAUUUUGGAGGCACCUGGAACAGGGCUCUCAAAGGAAGAAUCAUAAGAGAACAAGAAGAAGGAAGAGGUAAGCUGAAAGAAGCAAAGUAUAUUGGAUGCUACAUGGAUGACACGCGGCAGAGAGCGCUCCACGGAGUGUCCUUUUUCGACUACAAAAAGAUGACAGUGUUUCGUUGCCAGGACAACUGUGCUGAACGGGGAUACAUGUAUGCUGGACUUGAGUUUGGAGCAGAAUGCUACUGUGGUCACAAAAUUAAAGCCUUAAAUGUCAGCGAGUCAGAAUGUAACAUGGAGUGCAAAGGGGAGAAAAGCAACAUGUGUGGUGGAGUCAACCGCUUGUCCAUCUACAGACUGGAGCUCACCCAGGAGUCUGCAAGGAGGUAUGGCAGUGCAAUAUUUCGUGGAUGUUUCCGUCGGCCAGAAAAUAUAUCCCUGGCUCUCCCCAUUAGCAGCAUUAUGUUGAAUAUGUCUGUUGACAAAUGUGUGGAUCGCUGCACAGAAAAGGAAUAUCCAUUGGCAGCGCUCGCAGGAACAGUCUGUCACUGUGCUUUCCCCACGACUUAUUUCACACUUCACGAGCGGGAGGACGAGCAGCUGUGUGCUCAGAAAUGUACUGGAGAGGAAUUUGAGAGCUGUGGCACAAUGGAUUAUUACAUAGUUUAUCAAACACAAGUACAAGAUAAUCGGUGUAUGGACAGGAGGUUUUUACCGAGUCGCACUAAACAGCUUAUUGCCUUGGCAAGCUUUCCUGGUGCAGGAAAUACUUGGGCCCGACACCUCAUUGAACUAGCGACAGGCUUCUAUACUGGAAGCUAUUAUUUUGAUGGAUCAUUGUAUAAUAAAGGCUUUAAAGGAGAAAGAGACCACUGGCGAAAUGGACGCACAGUUUGCAUUAAGACCCAUGAAAGUGGAAGGAAAGAGAUUGAGGCUUAUGACUCUGCUGUUCUACUGAUCCGGAAUCCAUACAAAGCCCUAAUGGCAGAAUUUAAUAGGAAAUACGGUGGGCAUAUUGGAUUUGCGUCACAGGCUCACUGGAAGGGAAAAGAAUGGCCAGAAUUUGUAAACAACUAUGCACCAUGGUGGGCUACACAUACCCUAGACUGGCUAAAGUAUGGAAAACAUGUGUUGGUUGUACAUUUUGAAGACCUUAAGCAAGACCUAUUCAUUCAGCUGAAGAGAAUGAUAAACCUGCUGGGUCUCCCUGUUUUGGCAGACAGACUCCUGUGUGUUGAAGGUCAGAAAGAUGGAAACUUCAAGCGCUCUGGUUUGAGGAAGUUGGAGUAUGACCCAUACACCGCAGACAUGAGAAAAAUGAUCAGCAACUACAUUAGGACAGUAGACACAGCUCUGAAGCUCAGAAAUCUUAGUGGAGUUCCGGAAGACUAUUAUCCAAGAUGAUGACACUGGUCAGCUGAGAAUGUCUUUGGGGCCUUAGUUCCCAGCUGAUAGUUACUUCUACCCAGUGGGUGGUUUCGAAGACUAUUUUUGCUGCUACUAACUGUUAAUGUAUUAUGUGCAUGAAACAAUGGCCAACAAACAGCGCUUCAAACAUCUGGCAAGAUAUGAUACCUGAAGGUCAUAUUUGUCUGUUUUGACUACUAAUUUAAUCUCAGUGCAGACUUCCCUGCAUGGUUUUAACAAUUGUUCUCCUUUUUACAGUUGAAAAUUCCAAGGGGUAAAAAUAUAGACUCAAAAACAGGUUUUGCCUGUCAACCGGUGACUUAGGCUAUCAUUAGGAACAGCUUGAGUGUUACACAUUGUCAUAGAGAAAAAUGAUCACUCUGCAGAGUCAAAAUGUGUCAUGAUUUAUUAGUGCCUAUAAAUCAGAGCCCACACGCAAGAGAUUUCUAAGCAUGCAGUAUACAUGAACGGGGGUGCAGCCGUCAGCAGCUUGGUCUUGCUGGAUGACCAAUGUGUACUCAAGCCUGAACAUCAUCCUUAACAAGCUCUUUAAAGGCUCUCUUCUGGGACAGAAGUCAGCACCGGUUUACAUGGUAACAGAGAUCAAAUAUUUUGCACACACCACACAAUAUAAGCAGACUUUAGGUUAACAAGGCUAUCUACACUAGAUUCUGAACAAUUUAAUUUUUUACUUGUCUCUGCUAUAGUUACAUAUAAUAAAUAUAAUAAAUUCAAGAUUAUGCUUAUAGCUUAAAUAUAUCUUUAAACAUCAGUACAGAUUGGUUUUACAUUUUUGUAUAUCAACAUAUAAAUAAAUUGGUUUACUAGUCCCUUGAAGCACCAAAGCAAAGGAAUAAAGAACAAAUGUAUAAUAGUUUUUCUAUAGGUCAAUAAUAUGCUUACAUGCCAAUGUAUAGAAAUAUUUUCUAAUGUUUUCCAGUGUCUGUAAAUUUGUAAGCGAAUGGAGGGAACAAAUUUCCUCCAGAAACAGAACUCUAUGGAGUAGCAUUGAUUAGGUAAAAUACAUCUGCCAGCCUCACAGAUACUGUAACUGCAGAAGAGACACUUAGGGGGAUAUUCAGUUGUUUUAGAAGUCUGUUGGGUGUCUGUUUUUUCCCUGUCUAUUAGAUAGGAAAAAACAAACACCCAACUGACUUUUCAAACAAUUGAAUACCCCCCUUAAUGUCUUAUUCAGAAUCAGAUGCACAGUAGUUGCAGCUUUUUUCAUAGUAAAAAGUUGCAGUUUUUUCCAUAGCAACUUGCAGUUUUCUUUAGUGCACGUGUGUUUUUUUGCAUUGAGCUCUUUUUUUUUUCAGGCACACAUUGGGUUUGCAACUUAUUCUGAGUACAGAGCAGGGAUGGGAGGCUGGAAUGAGCGUGUAGUUGCAGCAUGUGGGAAUGCAGAUGCAGCCAGAAUAUAGUAAGGAUAUGUUAUGAGCGCGGAAUCACAAGUUACAAUCAGAAAGAGGCAAAAGUAGUUGCCUGAAGGGGGAUGAUGCGCGGGUGCUUAGUCCCUAGUAUAAGUUGCAUAAUGAUGAUAACAUUUAAAACACAUCAUUUAUGCAAAUAGAGGAAAACUGCUGGAUCAGUAUUUUAGAAGUCACUUAAAACAGAAUUGAAUACUUGUGUUUUAUGUUGUCAUAAUAAAAUAAAAUAAAAAUAAUAAAAUAAAAAAAAUACUACAGCACAUCUGUCUGGUUCGCUGAAAGUUUUUGAUGCCCAAGCAAUUUCGGCACAUAUAAUCUACACUAUACAGCCAGUAAAGGUAAUAUGUGCAUUGUAUACUACAAUUCUUAGAAUUUAUCCAGUAGUACAGUACAAACAAUGAAGAUACAGCACCAGUCCUACGUCAGCCGCAUCUGGAACGAGUACAUGAAGGAAGGAGAGGGAAAUGCAGUUGCAGACUUGCAAAAGUGAUCAACUGUUUUAAAAGUUUGCAUCCAACUCUGAAUAAGGCCUUGAAUCUACUUUAAAAAAACAACCACUAAACCGACAAAAAUAUAUACAAUUAUGCAGUGUUUGUUAUGGAUCAGUGUAUAACAUGUGGAGACAUACAGUCUUAGCAUACUUAUCUACUUAUCUAUGAUUUUGUUGCUCUGUGGGAGAUUUAUUAAAGCUUGGAGAGAGAUGAAGUUGAAAGAUAUAAAGUACCCACCAAUCAUCUUCUGUCAUUUUUCAAACACAGCCUGUAGAGUGACAGAAGCUGAUUGGUUAGUGCUUUAUCUCUCUCCACUUCUCUCCAAGCCUUGAUAAAUCUAAACCCCUAAAUUAGCAGGCCUUCACCUAUCAUACUACACAGCAGAAUGAUUUGACUUUGUUUGACAUGACAAGGGAAUGCACAAGUGGAAGCAAGGUAAAACCUAUUGGAUGGCAUGCCACAAACAAAUUGUAACAUGCAGUAAUGGGCAAAUCAAUUUGGGCACAAUUUCAUAGAUCUGGCAAUUGAAAAGUAGCACGUAUUGGCUGCUAUGAUGUCACAUCUGCCGCGGCAGCCAAUGAGAGUGCUAAGAUACCCUUCAGCUGGCCUGGAGGGAGUGGGGGUAGGGAUAAGUGGUUCAAAUUUGACUCUCCAUUCUGCUAACCUGUGGUAACACUUUAACAAAAAUUAUUAUUCUUAAAAGAUAUCAAAGAAACACAACUUUAAUAUCUAAAAUGUCUCUGUUAACUAAUAAAGCACUUUAAAUCUAAA